AUGUUGUUUCUAAAAAAUAUUGGAGUAUUUUUUAUGAUAUUCCUUGUAUCAAAAUCCUAUGCGACGGAUUGUAAUAAAAUUACUAAUGAAGAAGAAUGUCAUAAAUCUUCGGAAUGUAUUGUUAUAAAUUAUACACCAUGUUGUGGUGAACAAAAAUGGGCUUGCUCUAAAGGUACAUUUGAUACUUGUACAUAUGAAAAUAGUUGUUAUAGAAAUUCAUCCAAUAACCAAGUUGUUGAAGUAUCAAAUAAAUGCUUCAAUCUUGAUGGAUUUAUUAAAAUUACAACUCCAACCGAGUAUUCUUGUUCUGAUGCCAAGAUUAAAGAAUGUGCCUUAUUAGGUAAAUCAUGUAGUUUCCAAAAGAACUCUUGUUCAAAUCCAACUUCCUGUUGCCCAGGUGAAUCAAUUUGUGAAGGUUUAAGCUCUGGUAGUUCAACAUCUGGUGGUGGUUCAUCAGGUGGUACAUCAGGUGGUAGUUCAUCAGGUGGUACAUCAGGUGGUAGUUCAUCAGGUGGUACAUCAGGUAGUUCAUCAAGUGGUAGUUCAUCAGGUGGUGUAAGUUCAUGUUCAACUACACAUUGUCCAGAAGGUUAUCAUUGUUCAAUGGUAAAUGAUGUUGCAACUUGUCUUGCAUCAACAACUGGUGGAACAGGUUUACCAGGAACCAGUUCAUCAACUGCUGGUGUAUCAUCAUGUUUAACAACCUUAUGUCCAAUUGGACAUAUUUGUGUAGAGGAUAGUAAUGGCGUAAAUUGUGUACCAAAUGGAGGAGGUACAUCAGGCGGUAGUUCAUCAACAGGUACAUCAGGUGGUCAUCCAGAUCCAUGUAGAGAUGUUGACUGUCCAGAUGGUUUCCAUUGUGAAUGUAAAGAUGGUAAAACUGCUAAAUGUGUUCCAAGUCCAACAACCGGUUCAUCAAGUACAUCAGGUGGUCAUCCAGAUCCAUGUAAAGAUGUAACUUGUCCAGAUGGUUUCCAUUGUGAAUGUAAAGAUGGUAAAACUGCUAAAUGUGUUCCAAGUCCAACAACCGGUUCAUCAAGUACAUCAGGUGGUAACACUAACCCAUGUUCAAAUGUAAAUUGUCCAGAUGGUUUCUAUUGUGAAUGUAAAGAUGGUAAAACUGCUAAAUGUGUUCCAAGUGGUCCAACUCAACCACCAAAACCACCAGUUUGCUCUUUAAGAUGUCCACCAAAUCAUGAAUGUAGAUUUAAUGACCAAGGUCAUCAAUGCUGUGUAAAGGUUCACCAUGAUAGAUGUUCAUUAAGAUGUCCACAUGGCCAUGAAUGUAAAGUUGAUCACAAUGGUAAAGAAUGUUGCGUCAGAUCCCAUAGACCACCACCACCAGAAGUUUGUUCAUUAAGAUGCCCACCAAAACAUGAAUGUAAAUUUGAUGAUCAUGGUAAAAAAUGUUGUGUAAAGAUUCAUUGUGAUGAAGUUUGUGAUUUAGAUUGUGGUAGAGGUUUUGAAUGUAAAAUUAGACAUGAUGGUUCAAAAUGUUGUGUCCGUUCAGAAAGACCACACCCACCACAACAUGAAAAAUGUAAUAAGAGAUGCCCACCAGGCCAUGAAUGUAAAGUUGAUCAACAUGGAAAAGAAUGUUGCGUUGUUGCCCAUAGACCACCACCAAAAUGCUCUUUAAGAUGUCCACCAAGACAUGAAUGUAGAGUCAACCACUUUGGUGAAGAAUGUUGUGUUAAAGUUCACCACGAUAAAUGUUCAUUGAGAUGUCCACCAGGCCAUGAAUGUAAAGUUGAUCAACAUGGAAAAGAAUGUUGCGUUGUUGCCCAUAGACCACCACCAAAAUGCUCAUUAAGAUGUCCACCAAAACAUGAAUGUAGAAUCAAUCACUUUGGUGAAGAAUGCUGUGUUAAAAGUAGAAAUGAUUGUUUAACUUGUGAAGACCUAAACUGUGAAAGAAAAGGUUUACAUUGUGCCAUGAAAACUGUACCAAUUGAUAAAGAAAAUUGUUGUGAAAAAGUUCCAGUAUGUUAUUCCACUAAUCCAUUAUUAGAUGGUGGUCAUGGUUUUAUUUAA